AUGGGUUUAAUCAAUACUAGUGGUGGAGGGAAGGGAUGGAAUCCCAUUCUUCCUUCCUGUAUACUAAAGAACAAAUUCUUUCUCGCGUCAUUUUUCUCCUUGGUUGAAUCAGAAAUGUCACAAGAAUACCCAUACCCUUCUCACGUGCAUGCAGCUAGCUUUGUUUCAGUCAAGCUGUCCAGUAAAACCAAUUAUUCUAUGUGGGAGGAACAGAUGAUGUGCCUUCUGGAGAGCCACGAUAUGCUCGGUUUCAUUGAUGGAACAAUAAAGAAAGAGAAGUAUAGGGGAUGGAAUAGGUCGGACAAACUUGUCAAAGGAUGGAUUUUUGGUUCAUUAAGUGAAGAUGUGAUGGCUACUGUUCUUGGCCUCGACACAGCCAACAACGUGUGGGAGAAGCUACGGACUACUUACAGUAUUUAUGCCUCUCCUAACACCACCAGAAACAUAGAUAAGACAGAUCACCUCCCACUAUGUAGAGCUAUUAUGAGGGGCGACUGGGAGGAAGCUGGAGAAAUUUUUAACAGGGACAAAGAUGCAUUGACAGUUAAACUCAAUGUUGAAGGCCAUAGCGCACUCCACAUUGCGAUUGAUGCAUGUAAACAUAUCCAGUUUGUUGAGAAUCUCCUGAAGGAGAUAAACCCAGAAUCUCUUCUAGCUUUGGUGACCUGUCAUAAGGAAAAUGCACUGCACCGUGCUGCAAUGGUUGACAACGUCAAGGCUGCAAAGAUGUUGGUGGAGAAAAACCCAUAUUUGUUAUUCAGUCUUGACAAUAUGAACAACAUGCCUAUCCAUAGAGCUAUCAUCGGUUCUCACGAAACCACAUUUCAGUAUAUGCUUGAUGCCUGUAUGCGUCAUAUAACGCUUUCCCAAGAAGAUGGAUAUCACAAUCCCUUUGAGGGAAGACAUGGUGUACGGCUUCUUACUAAUGUAAUCAAUGCGGGGCUUUUGGAUGUUGCAUACGAUUUGAUCAAGAAGUACCCUGUCAUGGCUACGAAAAAGGUUGGGCCUUACAUACCCUUGUUGUCUAUUGCGAGAAAAGGGGACUUGUAUUUUAGUGGAACCCGAUACAACUUCUACCAAAAAUUUGUUUAUGCUAAUCUACCAACAGGUAACAAUGACUUAAGUGGUACAAACAAGAUUCAAGAUAUUGAGAACCAAAACACUUAUAAUGGCAACUUUGAGACCAAUGGCUGGAAGACCUACUUCUAUUAUGGCGUUUAUUUUUAUUAG